UUUACGUUGUCACUUUCGCAGUCCCUUUUGAAAACGGAAAAGCUCACAAAAGACCAAAUAAGAAUCGAAGAUCUGUAAACUCUGUGGUGUCGCCGUAUUUGACCCAUCAAACGCCAUUCCUUCCUCCACUCAAUCAUUCCGCAUCUUCAGAUUAGGGUUCCUGAAUUUCUAAAUCUCCUUAUGAACUGAAAGUUCACCAUCGAAGCACACAGUCACCAAGACACCAACGGAUCUAAAUUAACCUUCCAUCGAUUCGACACCUACUAAGGUUACUCGCAUACUUCUGAACUUUCAAUAUCAAUCAUGACUAUUAGUAUUACGGUUGCUAAACAAGUGUGAAGUCGCGCAGCUUAAUCCACUUCAAUUCUUUCUAUUCCUAUUUCUUUUAGGAAUUGAGCUAAUAUUCUCUGUGUUCUUUGUUAGUUUGAUGCUUUCGCUUUGAAUGUCAAACAUAUAAGUAUAUUGAAUUCAAACAAAAUCGGGUAAAACUAUGAUUCUUUCACUUAUGAUCUGUAUACUAACUAACUAUCAUGCUUUGUUUAAACACUAUCCUUAGGUACAUAUGGAUUUAUUAAGUUAUGUUCCAACUGGGUUCAUGGAUCAUUUGAAAAAUGCAUCCGAAUUGAUCACAUUUGCAUAUGACGCACCUUUUGCUCGAGCUGUUGUUUUUGGAGUCCAUAUAGGAGGUCAUCUGUUUGUGGAAGGUCUACUCUUAGUAGUUAUAUUAUUUUUACUCUCUCAGAAGAGUUACAAGCCACCUAAACGCCCUUUAACGACCAAGGAGAUAGAUGAGUUAUGUGAUGAAUGGGUACCAGAGUCUCUUAUUCCACCUGUAACAGAUGAGAUGAAAAGAGAAGUUCCAGUACUCUUAAGUGCUGCAGGACCACAUACAAUCAUUAAUGGCAGAAAAGUGAUUAAUUUUGCUUCAGCAAAUUACCUUGGAUUAAUGGGACAUGACAAGUUACUUGAAUCAUGUACUUCUUCACUGGAGAAAUAUGGUGUUGGAUCUUGUGGUCCUCGUCAAUUUUAUGGAACCAUUGAUGUUCAUCUUGACUGCGAAACCAGAAUAGCAAAGUUUUUGGGAACUCCUGAUUCCAUCCUCUACUCUUAUGGACUCUCAACUAUGUUCAGUGCAAUUCCAGCAUUUUGUAAGAAAGGAGAUAUCAUUAUUGUAGAUGAAGGUGUUCAUUGGGGGAUACAAAAUGGAUUAUACUUGUCAAGAAGCACAAUUGUGUAUUUUAAACACAACGAUAUGCAGUCUUUAGAAAGUACAUUAGAGAAAGUUACUCAAGACAACAAACGAGCUAAGAAACUUAGACGUUACAUUGUUGUGGAAGCUGUAUACCAGAAUUCAGGUCAAAUCGCUCCACUAGAUGAGAUUAUUCAACUUAAGGAGAAGUAUAAAUUUCGUGUUUUGUUAGAUGAAAGCAACUCUUUUGGUGUUCUUGGUAAAUCUGGUAGAGGUUUAACAGAACACUUUAAUGUUGAGAUUGAUAAGAUAGAUAUAAUAAUUGCUGCAAUGGGACAUGCAUUGGCCUCAGAAGGUGGUUUCUGCACAGGAAGUCACCGAGUUAUUGAUCACCAAAGGCUGAGCAGCUCUGGGUAUGUGUUUUCUGCAUCUCUUCCCCCAUACUUAGCAAGUGCUGCAAUUUCUGCUAUUGAUGUCAUACAGGAAAACCCUCAACUCAUAACAAACUUAAGAGAUAAUUCUAAAAUAUUAACCACAGGAUUGUCAGAUAUACAAGGGUUGGAACUUACAAGUGAUGUAAUGUCACCUCUUGUUUUCCUCAAACUAAAAAAAUCCACAGGGUCUGUGAAGAGUGAUCUUCAAUUACUCCAAGAUCUUGCUGAUUGUGUAUUGAAGGAACACUCGGUGUUUGUAACAACUUCUAAACGAUCAAUGGUGGAUAAAUGCAAGCUGCCUGUGGGGAUCAGAAUGUAUGUCUCAGCUGCUCAUACAGAAUCUGAUCUGGAAAAAGCAUGUGAAGCAUUGAAGAAGGCUGCAGCUUUGGUAUUAAAUUAACUCAUCAAAAAAUUCCAAUUUUUUUUUUUUUGGUAGUGAUGAUGAUUUAUUUUACCAUUUUUUGAGAUGCUAAGUUGGUUUUUUGUUCAUAUGUAUGUCUUUCUCCUGUUUAACUUUGUAAUUUCAGGUUAAUUUAUACAACAUAAUUUUUGUAAUUCA